AUGGCGCAUGCAGAUUCAAGCUUAUUCGUCAAAGUAAGGGAAGCAAAGAUCGCAGUUAUCCUAGUAUAUGUCGAUGAUCUCAUCAUUACUGGCGAUGAUGAAGCAGAGAUUCGUCAAACAAAAGAGAACUUGUCAGUUUGCGUUCAAAUGAAGGAGCUUGGAGAAUUGAAACACUUUCUUGGAUUAGAAGUAAACCGAACUGAGGAAGGUUUAUUUCUCUGUCAGCAAAAGUAUGCUAAAGAAUUGUUGCAAAAGUUUGGAAUGCUCGAAUGCAAGCCCAUCUCAACACCUAUGGAAGCUAAUACCAAGUUAUGUACUCAUGAAGGGAAGGACUUGCAAGAUGGAGCAAUGUAUCGGCAACUUGUAGGUAGUUUAAUCUACCUUACAUUAACUAGACCAGAUAUUUCAUAUGCAGUUGGAGUAGCAAGUCGAUAUAUGCAACAAUCGAAGAAGCCUCAUUUGGAAGCAGUGCGACGAAUGCUAAGGUAUGUCAAAGAUACCAUUAACUACGACCUCUUAUAUAAGAAAGGUGACGAGAUUAAGAUAGUUGGAUAUUGCGAUGCUGAUUAUGCUGGAGAUCACGAUUCUCGUCGCUCAACAACUGGAUAUGCAUUCAUGCUUGGAUCCGGAGUCGUAUCUUGGUGUACCAAAAGGCAAUCAACGGUGUCCUUGUCAACCACUGAAGCAAAAUAUAGAGGAGCAGCAAUGGCAGCUCAGGAAAGUACAUGGUUGAUGCAACUAAUGAAGGAUCUACAUCAAUUUACAGACUAUGCAGUGCCACUUCAUUGUGAUAAUCAGCCUGCUAUUCGUCUAGCAGAAAAUCCUGUGUUUCAUGCUCUCGAACAAAACAUGUGGAGGUGCAUUACCAUUUUCUCAGAGAGAAAGUUCUACGAGAAGAGUUAG